CGGGGCUGCCUCCCGCUCCCGCCGCGCUUCCCGCCCCGCCCCGCGGAUGCGCGGCCCUUCCGGGGGCGAGGUCCGCCCGCCCCGCCCCGCCGCCGCCGCCGCCUCGCUCGCCGCCGCGGCUGCCCAUGGAGGCCGCCGCCGAGGCCGAGGCCGAGGUGCGGCUCCUCUUGCAGGAGGCCCGGGAGAGCAUCGAGGCGGCGCGGAGCUACCGGCGGGAGCUGCAGCAGCGGCUGCGGGGGCUGCACCAGGCGCGGGAGCAGAUCAAAGAUAGUGCAACAUUGACCAGAGAUGUGCUUGAGCAGCAUUUUAGCGAUUUGAAAGGGACCCUAAAGAAGCUGCUGGACGAGCGACUGAUGUCCCUGCUGCAGGAAGUGGAUGUCAUAGAGCAAGAGAGCAUCAAGCCCCUGGAUGAGUGCCAGAAACUGAUCGAGCACGGAGUCAGCACAGCCGAUGAUCUGCUCCGGGAAGGAGAGAGUGCAGUCGAUGGAGAUGUGGGACAACAGAAUGAGAAACUUUGCAACUUUACAAAAAAAGCUCUACAUAUUCAGCUAGAUAGCUUGCCAGAAGUGCCCUCCUUGGUUGAUGUGCCUUGUUUAUCUGCCCAACUGGAUGACUGCCUCCUUACCAUAUUGAAAAAUCAAAUAUUCAGACAUGGAACUGUGGCAUCCCGCCCACCUGUACAGCUGGAGGAAUUUGUGGAAAAGCCUGGAGGUAUUUUAGUCCGAUGGUGUAAGGUGGAUGAUGAUUUCAUACCCCAGGAUUACCGGCUGCAGUACCGCAAGAGCACCGCCAGCCACUUUGAGGAUGUGUACGUGGGCUCAGAGACAGAGUUCAUCGUGCUGCACAUCGACCCCAACGUGGAUUACCAGUUCCGGGUGUGCGCCCGCGGGGACGGGCGGCAGGAGUGGAGCCCCUGGAGCGUCCCCCAGAUCGGCCGCACCACGCUGGUGCCCCACGAAUGGACAGCUGGUCUGGAGGGUUACAGCUUGAGCAGCCGAAGAAACAUAGCGCUUCGGAAUGAUUCUCAGUCGUGUGGUGUGCUCUACUCCAAAGCUCCUACUUAUUUCUGUGGGCAAACAUUAACAUUCAGAAUUGAGACCGUGGGACAGCCAGACCGCCGGGACAGCCUGGGAGUGUGCGUGGAGCAGCGCAACGGCGACGACUCCCUGCAGCGGGACAAAGCCGUGUGUGUCAGCACAAAUGGGGCAGUAUUUGUAAAUGGAAAAGAGAUGACAAACCAGUUGCCUGCUGUUACUUCUGGCUCGACUGUGACAUUUGACAUGGAAGUUGUGCAGCUGGGACCCUGCAGCAACGAGGGAGGAAACUUCAAGCUUCGAGUAACCAUCAGCUCUAACAACAGAGAAGUGGUCUUUGACUGGGUACUUGAUCAGUGCUGUGGCUCUUUGUAUUUUGGAUGUUCAUUUUCAUACCCAGGCUGGAAGGUUUUGGUCUUCUAGCAGUGAGUAAAGGGAUUUUUUGGUUUUGCUGUAAAGUGUAAUGUUAAAAGCUGAGUUUCCAGCUAUUUGACAACAAUCUGGUAACAAACCCCUGCCUUUAUAGUACUUGAACUCCACUAUAUUGUACUUUGUACUGGAUUCAUUUAAAUAAUAAUUGUGAAACAUUGGAUUUGUUACUCUGAAAAAAGCUAGAAACAAGCAUUUGUGUAGGCAAAUUAAUUUAAGCAGUCCAUCAGACCUUUCCCUUUUUUCCUCUAGACUUGAUUUUUGUCAGUAUUUCAUUGUACUCGUCUCAGGGUACGCGCGUUGUGUAGAAUUAACUUUGCUUCAGGCUGCUGCUCUGUGAAGUAAGCAUUUUAGGGGUGGUAAUGGACCAAAGUUGUAUUUAUACCACUCAGAGCACAGUAUUUAGAGCAGCGAGGUCCUGCUAUGCUUCCUUGUGCACGAUGCUGCCUUAGGAGUCUGAGCGGGCAGCGGGGCUUCCUCAGCGCACGGUACUGUUCAUCCCUCCGCAGCAGGGACGUCUGAGCCAGCCUGGGGCUCAGAGGGAGCCAGCCUGUUACUGUCUCAUUUAAGUGCCUUAUUUCCAUACUUCCUGAACUGUUUUCUGUGUUGUCACUUGGAAUAUGUUUUCUAGGGUAGCUGCACGGUGAUGCCUGCAUUGGCCAUGCACGGCUGCCUCAAGCAGACCAACAGCCAGAGCAGGAUGUUACCCUGAGCCUCUCUGAAUGUCUUCCCUGGUUACAAUUCACACACAGCCUGUGUCAGAGCAAGUCUCAGUGAUUUGGUACCUGAGCUCAACCUGUGGAUUGGCAACUGUGAUUCCUCAGAGCCCUCCUAACACUCAGAGACAACCUUCUCUUACUGUCUGACAACACAAGUGCUGUUGUGAUGUGCAGGAAUCCUGGCAAUCCCAAAUUCUGCCUGGGGACACUGGGCAGUCAGUGCAGGUGGAUGGCCCAAGCACUGCAGCCAGACUGCAGCUGCUGCUGGAGCUCCACCUGGAGUAAGGGAGAUGGGCUUUGGGUGGGCUUCAGGCAGAUUUAACCUGGGGCAGGCAGUCAGAAUUGAAGAGAUGGUGGUAAUUAAGCUGUCUCCUCCAUAGAGCAGGAUGGGAUAAAUAAUAGUGUGAAUUAAAUAACUUGGAAUUCAGAAGUUACACAAAGUUACACAUUUUUCCUCUAAGGAGCAGCUAAGAUGGGUAAGCUCAGUCUCAGAGCCUAUUCCUGGUCAAAAGAUUGCAAUGCUACUGGAUUGAAAGAAUAUUUAAAAGCAACACUCACUGAGGGGCUUCUUACCUCAAGUUCAAUUAAAAUGAAAUAUAUUUUAUCAUGUUAGAAUAGCACUAUUUUUAUAAAGCCUAGACAAUCAUACUGCCUUUCCUUCAACUGGCAAUGUGCUACAUUAGCCCUCUAUGCUACUAUAAUAAGCUUAAAGCAUAAAAGCUUAUUUUACAAUUAAUUUAGUCCAUACUCACACUAUCAGUACAAAAAAGAUCAGCCAUCGUGCCUGAAUUUUUCCCUAAGCAGCUGUAGCACGGGUGCAAGAAUUUCAGACAAGGAGAAUGGCUGUUGGUAUUUAUAGCAUUUACAAGAAUAAAAAAUGUGUGUGGAUUUAGAUGAGUGCAAAGAACCUGCACAAAGCAGAGUUAGAUUGGAAUUGGCUGGAAGACAUGAAGUGAGGAAGACUGAACUGCCACAGGUCAGAUCAUCCACUGUUAGCAACAAAGGGCCUGCAGUACUCUUAGUUUUGAAAGCUUCACUAGUUCAGUUUUAGGGAAAAAGAGAAUACUGGCUUAUCCUGUGCUUUCAAUGUUACUUUAAUUCUCCUGUGAAGAGUGUUUUCAGUACUUUUACAAAAAGAUUCAGUAGAUGAAAGUGUCAGUCCUGCUCAGAGGGUCAGGCUGCCACUCCAGAUAGCAGCUGACUUAAAUCUUGCUCCAUGUAAUAGUGCUGGCAGUUCUACUUACACACUUCAGGUAUCAGGUACUAGUUGUAACUUAGUACUUUUACCAUAUGGAAACUGAAAUUGUGAAUAUCCACACUUCUGAGGUACCAAUGGCUCAGGUACCUUUUCAUCUGCUUUUGCAGGGGCCGGUCAGACUGUAGAUUCUGCAGGAUAUUUACUUACAUGUUAGAAAAUAAAGCUUAAACCUUGAAUUCAGGUACUUCCAGAGGUGGCAAUACCGUGUCAGGUUGUUCAGGAUAUACAUAAGAGCAGCUGAAGGUGACUGUGAAGGGCCAUGAGAGGCCCCUACUGCUGCCUGGGAGAGCUGGGGAAGGCAAGAGAAGUUUUCCUGCCUUCAGGCUUUAGCUGGCUGUUGAAUGAGGGCAGUUUGCCAAUGGUUCUUUUGUUGUUAUUGUGGUGGUUUUGUUUUUUAUUUGAACUUGGCACAAGCCUCGCUGUCCAAAUUGCAAAUGAGGUACUUUGAGCCACCUCUUGGAGCUGCACCUUGUGAACAGGAGAGGAUCGAGGAGUCUCAGGGCAAGAAACCCGAGCACUAAAGGAACAAAGGAUGCAAAGAAGCGGAAGAGGCUUGAACUAAAAGGUGUAAAUUCUGUUCUUCCGCAGCAGAGUUCAGCUGGAUGGAAAACUUGACACUUCCUGUACAAUUUGCACCUCUAGCUCUUGGAGCCCUGCAAGCAACAGAGUGUUAAUGGCUUAUGAAACCCAAUCCUCAAAGUUGUUUUCCUAAGCUAGUACAUUCACUUACCUCAACUAAGACUUAUGUGUCAAGAGAAAUUUGAAUUUUUUUUAAAUAAAAGUUUUAUCCCUCAA